AUGGUGUACCAUGGUGAAAUAUCAGCUGAACAAAAGGCACUCUCAAUGUAUUUAAAGAUGGAAUCGGGAACAUCAUGUAAUAUUUCAAAAUCGUCUGCGCAGAGAAUAUGCAAAUCUGGUUGCAAAUCGAAAGCGAAGUCAAAACCUGCAAGGACUGGAAGACCGAAUAAAAUUGAUGCCCGAAGUUCACAGACUUUAGUUAGAUCGUUGAAAAAAUGUAGAAAGCAUAGCGUUAACUUCGAUGUUAAAUCGUUAGUGAAAGAAAGUGGCUUAAGUUUGCAGAUGGCCAGUCGACGCACAUUUUCACGGCAUUUAAACUUGUUAGGAUACCGGUUUUUGCAAGCUCGAAAAAAGGGAUUAUUAACCGAGAAGGAUAGAAAAAGACGUUUAAGUUUUGCUCGAAAAACAAAGCGACUCUGUUUGGGACCAAAUGCAAAUUUUUGGUGCGACGAAGUUGCCUUUUACUUGGACGGUGUAUCAUUUGUACACAAGUAUAACCCUUUCAACGCGGCAAUGACGCCCAAGUCCAGGGUUUGGCGAAAGAAAAGCGAGGGAUUAGAAAUUACGACUAAAGGAUCUAAAGAGCUCCCUGGUGGACAAAGAGUUCACGUAAUGGUCGCUAUUGCUUAUGGGAAAGGAGUUGUGCUACGAGUACCGUACACAAAAAUGGACGGUCCAUUUUUUGCACAGUUUAUCAAAGAGCAUUUCCGUAUAGCUUUUGCCCGUGCAGGUCCUAAACAAAAAGGAAGGCGUUUAUUCAUAAUGGAUAAUGACCCUUGCCAGACAAGUAAAGUGGCAAUGAAAGCUCUUGAAGAUAUCGAAGCAGAAAUGCAUGUGAUACCUGCACGUUCUCCCGAUCUAAACCCUAUAGAGAACAUGUUCCAUCUUGUGAAAAAUGACUUACAGCGCCAAGCUAUUUGUGAGAAUAUCACGGCUGAAUCAUUCAACGAAUUUGAAAAAAGAAUAUUAAAUACAUUAGAUAAGACUUCCGUCGACGUAAUAGAUCGCACAAUAGAUAGUAUGUCUGGAUGA